GAAUUAUCACCACCAUUAUCAUCAUCAACAUUAUCAUCACUAUCAUCGUUAUCAUCAUCAUGGUCUGAUGAUGCAUGUUUAGCGGUAUUGUCACAUGCACUUUCUGCUACAGCAUCAUCAUUACCAGUUCGUAAUCAAGUGCUUCAUCUAAUCAAUACAAUGUAUAACUGUACAGGUAACAAUACCUAUAAUUAUUAUUGA